GUUCAACCAUGCGCCCUCCUUUCCCGCUCGUUCCCCGUUCUUCCCGGUUCGUCUUAAACGACCGGCCGUACGCGUCUCGUCGAGAUUCUGGCCGUUAGAUGGCGGCACAUGCGGCAGCGGCGGUGGAGACCUUACCGAGACGGCCGUGACCGCGCUUCCGAGUUUUCCCCCUAGAAGGGAGUCGCCAUGCGGCAAUCGUGACGGUGGCAUUACCAUCGCAAGGCAAACGCCCGAUAUUCGCAAAUAAUAAUAAUUUAUAGCAGUUUAAGAUUUGAUUUGAAUUUUUUAUAUUUUUUUUAUAUUUACUAAUUUUGGUUCGCUUUUCGUUUUAGUAAUGUGACGUGUUUUAGAUUGUCUUACGGAGCAAAACAGUGUACAAUAUUUUGUGUUAUUGUUUAUAUAUUAUAAUAAAAUUGAAUUUCCGCGCUUACCGUUUUAUUGUUAGGGCGCUUUUGUAAUUUUUAUAUGGAAGCCAACGACAGCAGUGAAGUUCGGUCUACCGGUACCCCGCCUUCCAACGGUGGUAACAACUGUUGCGGCACGUCCGUUGCGGUCAGGACGUCCGAACCGUCGCCUUCCGGUUCGAAAAUCCUUAGCAAGAACUCGAACGGCACGAUGAUCAUGACGUCCAACCCCAGCAACGAAGCCGAAUUGCAGCUGUACAGAGUGAUGCAAAGAGCUAGUCUCUUGGCUUAUUAUGACACGCUAUUGGAAAUGGGAGGCGAUGACUUGCAGCAACUCUGCGACGCCGGCGAAGAGGAAUUCCUGGAGAUAAUGGCGUUGGUCGGCAUGGCUUCCAAACCGCUGCACGUCAGGAGGCUGCAAAAAGCGCUGCACGAGUGGGUCAGCAAUCCAGCCAUGUUCCAGACUCCUCUGGCGUCUCCUAUCACCGCCGCUACUUCCACAGUAGCCCUGCCACCUAAUCCCAUCCGGCCGUACCUUAGCGCAUGUCCCAACCCUCUUAUACAAACGUCCAUUCAUCACGGAUACUAUACGCCGUUAGGAUACGGUUACCAACCACCCACGUCGCCGUCGCCCGUGCCCAGUUCGACCAACCAACUACCACAGGCAGCUCAAACGAGCGAGGCGACUACUUCGGCCGGACACCAUUACGGGGACAGCAACAGUCCUGGCCAAAGCCCGGGAUCUCCCCUGCAGCUUACCCCAUCCCUGGACGAAUCGCAGAUUACCAGGCUGGCCACGUCGGCUAGACACCUAGUCCAGAGGUUACCUCAGUACCAACCCAAAAUGCAAACGGCCAAAAGGAAAACGAACAAGGAGCUCGAGAACGUCAUGAAUAUGCCCGAGGAAGAUCCUAGGCGCAUCGAGUCCAUCAGAAAGUAUUCGGCCAUCUACGGGCGAUUCGACUGCAAGAGGAAACCCGAAAAACCUCUGACCCUUCACGAGGUAUCCGUUAACGAGGCGGCCGCACAGAUAUGCAAGUUAGUGCCGGUGCUGUUGACCAGACGCGACGAGCUGUUCCCCUUAGCCAGACAGGUGGUCCGCGAUUCUGGAUAUCAUUACUCCAAGGGACAUUCCAAGUCGAGCGUGCAAAGCUUCAGGGCGAUGAGUUCGAACGGCGACUGUUACGGAUCGAAAAGGCAACGGCUGGACGACCACGACGAGCUGCAGAAGAUCCGACGACAAGAACGUCUGGAACAGAUAGCGGACGAGCUGUUGGCGGUAAACGCGCACCGGGACGAGUUGAACCAGAAGCCCAAGGAAGACCCGGCCGUGCAACACCAGCUGGAAGCCCUCAAAAACCGGCAGGCGCAACUGUUAGUUGAACAAAACGACCUGCAGCAGAACAAGUCUUCGAGGAGAGACAGCGCGGGCGGCAGGAAUUCCACUGGCGGGUUCGACACGGACGACACAGAUUCCCAGUUAUCGUACAGCAACGCAAGUUCUCCUCUGCAGGACGUCGGCGACUCCAGGGACUCGAUGGCCAGGAGUGUGGACUUCAACAACGACGGCAAGACAUCCUCGCUGAACACAACCGGUAAUCAGAGUAAUUUGUCUUGCACUCACGAUUCUGACGGAGGCGAGCCAGACGAGUUGAACGAUAGUCCUCGUAGGAAUUUGGUGGAACAUUUUUUAAAUGAUAAGAUCCAAAUCAUAUCGUCGAGCGGAGGCAAUAUUAUUGCGGUGACCAAUCCGGCGUUGCUCACGUCUGGGACUACACCACUCAAGCUGGAGCCCAUGUCACCUGAACACAACGGUUAACAUUGUUGACGACUACUGCAUAAAUGCUAUAGAUGUUCUGUUGAACAACCUCGUUUAAACUUAACAUGUUUUUCAACAAAAUAUUUUUAUGUUCCUAGUAAACAAUGAACUUGUUUACGAUAUCCAGUCCAAUAUAAGCAAGUUUAAUAUGUAAUGUUAUGAUCUUAUAUUUAUUUUUUUCUUUGUAUAAUUUUACACUGAAUAUCUAAGAAAAGUAUAUUUGUGUCUCUUAGUUGAACUGCUUUGAUUUUUUCAUGGUGCUACUUUCAUUAUUGUUAAUAUUAUUUUUAUCAAGCCUUACAGUUGCUUGUAAAUAGUUACUAUUCAAUGGCCAAUGUAUGCUUAUUAUCACAUUUUGUAUUUUACUCUUAUUUAUAAUGAUAAAUCCAACUUUCUAAAACGGAAAUGUUGUAAAUUAAUUAAAUUAAAAUAAUAUUGUUGAUCACUUUCCAUGAUGUGUUAUUUUUGGACUUG